CGUUCUGCUAUCUUUAGACGCGCUUUAACUUCAACAUCGAGAUUAGAGCCACCAGUUCUCCAGCCCUCAUUUUACAUCACUGGACGGCAUGGAGACGAGUCCACUCCUGGGGAAAUCUUUUGGAAGAUUUAAGGAGCCCCCAGCCUGGAAUGACUUUGUGGACCUCUCUUCGAUGGCAGCUCAAGUGAGCAUGGCCACAUUGGCGCGAGCAGCGCUUUUGUCAAUCGACGCUGUGUUUCUAGGUCACCUGGGCGUUAAGGAGCUAGCAGCCGCAUCGCUAGCUCAGCUAUGGACGAGUCCUGCCUUGUACUGUGUAUGGGCCUCCGCCUCGGCACUCAACACGUUGUGCGGCCAGUCGUGGGGUGCAGGAAACCGAGAGCUCACAGGCAUCUGGCUGCAAUUUGGAGUCGUGAUCACGACGUUGCUUUCGAUUCCGGUCGCGAUCUGGUACUGGUGCGUUGGCUACGUCCUCGAGUAUUCUACAGAUGACCAGGAACUUAUCGCUCUCGCCACCACAUUUUCGCGCGUGAUCUCCGGGUCAAUCCUCCCUUCUCUUCUCUACUGUUGCCUCAGGCAAUACUUACAAGCGAUGGGGAUUCUGCUGCCCACUACCGUGGUCGGAGUGGUCUCGAUUUUCGUGGCUAUUGGGAGUAACUAUGUUCUUAUCUAUGGCAUUGGCUCAUGGCAUGGCUUGGGCUUUAUCGGAUCUCCCAUCGCUACAGUGGUGGCAUCCUGGUUCCAGCCAUUCGCGCUCUUCAGCUACGCUAUCCUUUACAAACAUUAUCAUCACCGCGCCUGGUAUGGCUGGAACGUCCACGCGCUCACGCUUAACCGACUGCGAUCUUAUCUCAGAGUCGCUGGGCCCAUUUCCAGCAACAGCUUCGUGUCGAAUUUAGCCAGUGCGCUGGUCGCUCUGGUAGCAGCGAGACUUGGUGCUCGAGUUAUUGCUGCCAAUGCUGUCAUAUCGGGUCUGUGGGGUCUGCUCUGGGCGCUUUUCUGGGGUUACGGCUGUGCUACGCAGGUCCGCGUCGCCAACUACUUAGGUGCCGGCAAACCGGAUUUGGCGCGCCGUAUCACAGGUCUUGGCUUCAUUUGUACGAUGGUUGUCGUGGUGUUUAUCGCGACAGUCACCAGUCUCAUGGACCAGCACAUUAUAGCACUGUACACGACGGAUACCGACCUUCUAACCACUUGCAAGCUUGUGCUGCCCAUUUUCGUCGUCGCUUGUGCCUUCGAGGCCGUGGAGAUUCUCGGUGCUGGAGCUCUGACUGGAAUGAGCCAAGUGCACACUGUAUUCUGGACUAGUGCUAUCGCCACAUGGUUCAUCAAUCUGCCGGUGGCCUACGUUGGCGGCAUCACGAUGGGCUACGGCUUCCCCGCGCUCUGGGUGGGUGUGUUGAGCAUGGAACUCUUCAAAGUGAGUAGCUACACGCUGGCACUUGCGCACGUACGCUGGAGCGACGUGGCAGAACGCGUCAAGGCGGCGGCGGAGGCUGCACCCGAGAUGGAACAAAGCACGGCGCAGCUCGUGGCGGCCGCAGCUGACAUCCAGCCUAUCACGCCUCCUACAACGCCGACACUCAUGGCCUCGGCCUUUGAGCGCAAUCGUCGCCUGCCUAAUGAGGUCCUACCACGCCGCAUGCUCCGCACUGUAUCCCUUCGUUAAGUGAUCCCGUCAAGUUGAAGCGAAGAUGCUGAGCUGCAUUCGAUUGGCUAAGUCUAUAACUAAAAUAUUUACCCCU